UUACGAAAAAGGUUAAAACGUGCAUUGUCGCUUUCUAUCUACGUUGAGCAACACUCAGAAAUUAAAAAAGAAGGUGCUGCUAUAGUCUUUAAAUGGGGACCCAAGGAUCUUGACAAACCAGCAAUGGAUGGAUCAUCAUAUACCAUAAACUCGUGGUUCUCAUUCUCAGCUAGCAGCUGACACACAAUUCAAAAGCCACUAAUACUGUGCCAUUGAUUAAUGGCUACUCAUUGAUACUGUGCGCAGCAUUAACCUACGCACUUCAGCUCCGGCAUGAGGACGCCGACGAAUCGUACGGUCAGAAUCAUUCCGUUUCAGCACUCGUACAGCACCGGUGGCGAUACGACGCCGUUGUUGUCGAGAUGGCGGGAGAAAUUGGAGCGGAUGAAGGUGAUUGACUGGAUUGAGAUGUUUGUACCUUGCUCACGGUGGAUUCGGACCUACAAUUGGCGCGAAUAUCUUCAACCGGACUUAGUUUCCGGUGUUACCGUCGGAAUUAUGCUCGUUCCUCAGUCUAUGUCAUAUGCAAAGCUAGCUGGACUUCAACCGAUAUACGGACUUUAUACUGGAUUAGUGCCUAUAUUUGUGUAUUCCGUAUUCGGGUCAUCACGUCAACUUGCUGUUGGUCCAGUAGCAUUGGUUUCUCUAUUGGUCUCUAAUGUUCUAGGCAAUUUUGAUUCAUCUGGUGAACUAUAUACGGAACUAGCCAUAUUAUUGUCACUCAUGGUCGGAAUUCUAGAAUGUACAAUGGGGCUCUUGAGGCUAGGAUGGCUCAUCCGAUUUAUCAGCCACUCUGUAAUUUCUGGCUUUACAACUGCUUCAGCCGUUGUUAUUGCACUGUCUCAAGCAAAAUAUUUCUUGGGAUAUAGUGUUGAAAGAAGCAGUGAAAUAAUUCCACUUGUUAAGAGUAUAAUAUCAGGCGCAGAUCAGUUCUCAUGGCCUCCUUUCGUGAUGGGGUUUACUAUUCUUGCAAUUAUGUUGAUCAUGAAGCAUUUGGGUAAAACAAGAAAGAGUCUGCGGUUUUUGAGAGCGGCUGGGCCACUCACUGCAGUUGUUCUGGGUACAACUAUUGUGAAGAUAUUUCAUCCAUCAUCUAUUUCUUUGGUGGGAAAUAUACCUCAAGGACUUCCCUCGUUUUCCAUCCCGAAAGAAUUUCGGCAUGUGAAGUCUUUAAUCUCUACCACAUUUUUAAUCACUGGAGUGGCUAUACUGGAAUCUGUGGGGAUUGCCAAAGCGCUGGCUGCAAAAAAUGGAUAUGAGUUGGAUUCAAAUCAAGAGCUGUUUGGCCUUGGAGUAGCCAAUAUAUUCGGGUCCUUUUUCUCAGCGUAUCCUGCAACAGGUUCCUUCUCGAGGUCGGCGGUUAAUCAUGAAAGCGGAGCAAAAACUGGUUUAUCAGGAAUUAUCAUGGGCCUUAUCAUCUGCUCCGCACUGUUAUUCAUGACACCAUUGUUUGAAUACAUUCCUCAGUGUGCUCUGGCUGCCAUUGUAGUCUCUGCUGUAAUUGGGCUUGUUGAUUAUGAAGAGGCAAUAUUUUUGUGGCGCGUUGAUAAAAAAGAUUUCUUUCUCUGGACAGUCACUUGUGCAACAACAUUGUUCUUCGGUAUAGAGAUCGGUGUCCUUGUUGGGGUCGGGUUUUCUCUAGCUUUUGUCAUCCAUGAGUCAGCAAAUCCACAUGUUGCUGUGUUGGGACGUCUACCUGGCACUACUGUGUACAGAAACAUCCAACAGUACCCAGAAGCAUAUACAUACAACGGCAUUGUUAUUGUUCGAAUAGACGCACCUAUCUAUUUUGCCAAUACAAGUUUUAUAAAAGACAGGCUGCGGGAGUAUGAAAUUACGGUUGACCAGUAUACCUGCAGACGCGGACCAGAAGUUGAAAGAAUAAGCUUCGUAAUUCUAGAGAUGGCGCCUGUUACCUAUGCCGACUCCAGUGCAGUUCAAGCUUUGAAAGAGUUGUAUCAAGAGUACAAAUCAAGAAACAUCCAGAUAGCGAUUGCUAAUCCAAACCAAGACGUCUUUCUAACACUAUCAAAAUCUGGAUUCAUCGAUCUGGUUGGUAAAGAAUGGUGUUUCGUUAGAGUGCAUGAUGCUGUUCAAGUUUGUCUACAAUACGUUCAGACCUCGACCCCAUCCCCUAAAACUCCACAUCUCUCUCUACAUAACAGCACAAGCUUUUCGGAAAGACUGAAUGAAAGGAUGAACCGUAAAGAGGACCUAACAGCAGCUGAAAUGGAGUCGGGUGAAAGAGAACGAAUAUUAUCUGGUGAUGCAGACCCGAUAAUGCAGCCGUUGUUGGCGAGAAAAUAUCAUAAAUGAUGUGGCUUUUGUAGAUAGUUUUGUACCGUGUUUAAGAACCCCGCGGACCCCUUGCAUUUCUUCCUAAGGUUGAGGGUUUAGUGUUUAGGGUUUCUAAAUUUAUGAUUUGCGGUUACUGUUUAGUUUGGCUUACCUAGUUUUUUAGUAUGUAUGUAAUCUUGUUGUGUAACUAAUUCUAUUGGUACAUGUAAAAAUAUUUGUAUUCAUGUUUAA